AUGGCGUCCCUGAGUAGUAUCUUCAAUCACUUUGUACUCCCCGUGAGGCUGCCGGGUCGCCCCGACGAAAACCCGGAAGCAGUCAGCACAGCUAUUCUCGCGCGGACCUCAAAGGCUUGCCAGCUUCUUCGCAAGCUCAGCAGUGAAGGCGAAGCGGGAACAUGGUCCACUAUUGAGCGAUCUCUCUAUUCGUGCUAUGGCAUAAACGAGAAGCGCAUUGAUGCGGACGCCUUGUUGCAGAAAUGGGCAGACCUGCAGCUGGACGACCUGCUCAUCCUACGUAUCGCCGAGCACAAUGCUGCUUUACUGAUCCGCCUUGAAGGCCGCGACGAUGAAGACGUCAUCGUCGUCUUUGAGGUCUUCGAGACAUCUCCCUGCGCGAAGGACGUCCUCGCUGCUGAUGCUCUUCUCUGGGACUUUCCUGGACGCGCAGUCGAGAUUCCCCUGAGCAAAUUCGAAAAUCCUUCCUUCCAGUACAGCCUUGCGACUUUCCUUGAGCAAGCCUCCGAAGAACCUCUACAGCGUUUUGCCGCACGUACAGUCAAGGCGGGGGUUAAUGUGAUUGAGAACCGAGAUACCACCGACCCAGGCCUUAUCGUCCAAUUCCUCAUGCUCUUGCUCGAGGCAAUUGGUCACCCCAUCACAGUGCCCAUGAUCCGAAAACGAGUCAGAGAUGACGUGCAUAUCCAGCAGUCCGAGCAAUCACAGCUUCCGUGGCGACGAGACCCGUCCUGGCUCACGUUGCGGGUUGCCGUCCAGCGCCAGCUGUUCUUCAUCCUAGGAUAUGAGCGCGGUCGAGCCUGCUACAAGUUUCUUAUCUGCGCUAUGCUCGCGAAGCUGUUGGAGGACGGCGUUGGAACGUUCGCAGCGGAAAUUUCCAUCACUCUCAGGAACAAGCUGUGCCGUCGUCUUGCAAAGCUUGAGAUGGAGAGGGAGCGAGCUACCAGAGAUGUCGCUACUCUCUAUGAAGAACUCUUCGCGUCUGUUGGUACCUUCUGUGAGAAGAUCAUCACUGCUUCAACAGAGAGAGUCGAGGAUGCCUGGGCACAUUACAAGAGACGAAAUACACGUCAAAUUCCCAAGCUUCCCCAGCGCGCGGAUGAAAAGUCUCUCAUGCUAUCUCUGCCCAGAAGCGGCCCUUAUCUUCAGCAUCUACUGAACACGCCACAAAUGAGUCGUACAGGAUAUGGAUCUAUUCUAUUACCACCGAUCAAUGAUGGAACAAUCAAACAAGUACGGAUGCUUGCGGAUCGUUACUUCCAACUUGCCAGAUUGGAAAACGAGAUUCAAUUCGAGGACAUUUCAGAGUAUGAAACGGACACACUCUGCCAGAACCGUUGCGUCAAGCUCGCCGAAUCCGUGACUGAACUCAUUCAGGCUGGUCAUGGUGUUUACAAAUCAAAGCCAGAUCAAAUGGGCGUCUUCCUGCUCAGGGUUUUCGAGCUGUGGGCUAGCAUGGACAAGCGUGCGGUCCGAGCCUGUCCUCUCCUCGGACAUUAUCAUCCGGUUUUCACACCCGACGCGCUCGAUGUGCUGCAAUUACCAACAAUGUCGGACAUGCUACGCCUCCAAACUAUUCAGCGGUAUCUCAAGAGCCGAUGCGACAACUGCGUGUGGAGUACACAGACCAUCUUCAGCGAUCCCAACUCAGCCUGCUUCGCCGUCAUGUAUCUCAAGAAUUUCGACGUGGAUGACGAGAUGGCAGAUUUGUUGGACGAGAUAGAAGAUGAUUCUCACCAAUCACGGCAAAACAAGGAGCGCGAAUGGCGGAAAGCUUGUGAAAAGACUGUGAAGAUGAGAGCUGACCUGGACGACAUUCUGUUGCCGCUGGCACUCGAGUUUCACUAUUAUGACCAGGCGUCAUCCGUUUGGAUCAGUGACUACGAGCGGCCUAUUACAUUUCAACAUCUCUGCGGCCUGCAUGUCCCUCAAUGCCUCACAAGCUCUGUCAUUGACAUGCCAUCACAUCCGCCUGCAACCAUCAACGGCCCAACUUCAUAUGAGACCAUUGCUAGUCAGACCAAGUGUCCGCCGGAUAUGUCGGUGCACGACUUCAUGGCACUUCAACGACUGCUUGCAGGCACUAGCAGGCGCUGGAUGACAAUGCUGGUCGAGCUCGGAUCCUCAAACAUCAACUUCAGCGCUGAGGAUACAAUGUAUCUGUUCAACUCCUUGGUACUUCAGGCGGGUCCAGCUCAUCACACUGAUGAUGUAUUGAGAGACGUGCACAUCGUCUUCAACGACGGAUUGUUUUGCCAACGGCUCGCCGAGCAAGUCGAGAAGCGCCUGCGCACGAUCAAACCCAACUGGCGUGAGACCAACUGCAUGGAGCUCCUGCUAACCAUCAUUCUGCGAAUCCACGACCUUACGAGUGGGUCGACCCGAAAGAAUGCACAUCGACUACUGACUCUUGUUCGUGAGGCCACACUUGAAUGGAUCACGCGCCUUCGCAUCGAAUUCAACCAUGCGACGGAUGAAAGUGCAGCCAAGCGAGCAGCGACAUACGGCUUCUGGGCUGCCCUCCUCUGCCGACGAACAUUUGCAGUCUUCACUGCCUCCAAGGCUCCGCUCCAUUCAAACGAUCUGUGCUCAUUCAUCGAGGCAUCUAUUGCCCUUCAGGAAAACUUGGUGGUGGACCCGACCACACUUCCACCAUACUUGGCAAGCAUGCUCAUGAGGGACAUGAAGCUCGUCUAUCAUAUUCAAGGGGUUCUCAGGAAAUCCAUCACAUCCAACCUUCACAGCCUUAGCAAUGCUCUCAACAAGACCUGGUCCGGUUCUCAUGAUGCGCCAGGGAGACGACGGUUUUCUGGCUGGGAGUUUCUUGCCAGUCCCCAUGAGAACUGGGUCGUUGCAACCAUGACCUCUGAAGGGAGCAGCUUGGUUGGACGGUCGGUUGUUCAUUAUAAUUUUCUCGAAGGGCAUCUCUUUGUGGACGGCAAGCCGUUGGGUUCACUGCCCCAUCAGGUCAGAGAAGCUCCCGUGGUCAAGGAGCUAUUUGGGGACCAGCACCUUCGCACAUAUCCGUCGUACCUUAGUGGCAUGGACCACCAGCUGGCUUACCAAAUGGCUGGGCACGAGGUCCAUUUUGGCCGCCGCGGCGACGAUGUGAUCAUCCGAGCCGUGACUCCCAACGGCCUCAUGGAACUCGUUCCCCGCCACGUCUUUCGAGGACCCACAGACUUCGAUUUACCAGCGGAGCUGAUAGAUGACUGUGUUCAUUGGUUCAAUCUGUAUCACAAGAAGCUGGAGAUUCGAAGAAAGCCAGAAAUAUGGAAGACUAGGCAGGGUGACUGGGUGUUCGACUUCUACGCGCGCAAAGCGAUACGCCGUCAAGUAGUCCUGGUCGAUCCGCAAUCCGAAGUCUGCAAGCAAAUCCAUGCGAUAUUUCGCAAUUUCGAAGAUCCCCAGCACUUGACUGUAUAUCAGCCUGCUGGAGGCCUCGCGGUGGAGCUUAAACGACUUGAUCUCUCAUUUAGUGUUAACCGUCGAGGACUCCUGGAAAUUCGACAGAUGUCGGCGGAAAUUGACCCGAAUCAAGAUGCGGGAACAUUAUAUGGAUUCGAGAGCAAGCUGGUGUUGCGAGACACAUUGGAUAGCGAGAGGCGAAGCAUCCUCGCUAAGCUGGGAUUCCCUUCUUAUGAGCUGCGCGGCAUGCAUGUCAGUGUUUGUACCAACGGCAGUGGCUAUGGCAAGUUCGAGAUCGACCCAGUUCUUGGGCGUCUUACAUGUCCACCAGAGCCACGACUCCUAUACUCUAAGGCCUUGUUCCAUGCAGCAACAUCAUUUGUCCUCCCAGAUCCUCUCACAGGAUGCACAGGAGCGGAGGAGGCCUGCCACCUGCUGGAUUCAGGACUCUAUCAGCCCUGGACGACUAUUCAUGCCAGGAAUGUGCCCCUUCUUCAAGCAAUUGAGCAGUUAAGUCCUACAAGAGUGUACUAUCCAAAGAACAUGAGGAUUCUGCAGACAGUUCGGUGGCACGCGGAGCAAACAGCAAGCAUUCAGCAUGAUUGCUACCGCCCUAUCAUUCGAAGGAUCUUGGAGAAGUCUGACCGGCUCAGUGUUUUCGACAACCAGAGCGCCACCAGCACUGAAGAUGGUGGCAUCUCCGACCAGCAUCUAGGACAUCGAGGCGAAGUCCGCCGUGGAUUGUACGAACGCGGUUUAACAGACGCCAGCUUGCAAACUCGAAAGCAUGACGAAGUCUACAGGCCUCGUGACCGUUAUGCCGUCUCUCGCGAGGCCAAGAAUGUCUUCCAGACGGUUCAGCUCCUCCAGCAGCAGCCAUUCACAAUACCGACUUCAAUUAACUUUGUCGAGGUCCUUCGAAGCUUUCCGGGAAACUUCAUUGGUGGAUUUCAUGCCCAAGCUGACGGCUUCACGGGAUCAUUGAGCAGCGGUAUUGAUAACGGUCUAGAGGAGCAGUGGGGCAGCCUGGUGAACUUCUGUCGUAUGACAAAUCCUGAGGGUAUUCACAAGGCCAUGUUCAGAUUGGGUCUUCUGUCUUUCUCCGAGAAACAGGACAUGGCUGCAGUUCGGCUGUUAUGUGGGUUCGUUUUGGUGGGAGACUUGAAGCGACUCGAACCCCCGCCGUGUGCAUCUUUCGAGGGUUUCAAAGAUUACAUGCCGCCUUCUGUGGAGCACAUCUCCAAGUUCAUCUGCACCGAAGAUGCCAUAAUCAAAACCGCAAGAGGACGCACGCCGAAGACCUCGGAAAUCAGUCGACGCAGGACUGAACGAGUGUCGCUCGCGAAGUUUCUUCUGAAGCAGUGGCCGACAGCUGCUCCUUCUUUCGAAAAGUUCGAACCCAGUUUCCUAGACAUCGAUGAAGUCAUGGAGAACGUGGGCAAUGAAUGGUCACGCCUUUAUAGCAACGCCUUGUUGCUAAGUUAUGCGAAUGAGGUUCAAGCGAUCCUGGCUCAUUACGCAGGCGCGAUUGAAAUUUCGAAGCCGUCACAAUGGCAAGCAAGGCCAGAUACUUGUUACAAGACAGCCCGAGAGAACCUUUUGCCGUCUUUCUCGCAAGAGCUGCUGCUAAAGAGCAUGCCGUCCUUUCCUGAAAGUACAGCUAUCGUCAGCAAUGAGAACCUUCGCAUACCUCAGAUGGUUUUUCAAGCGAACACAAAGCUGCCGCUAAAUGGAGAGACUUCUUGCAAUGAGAUACACGAGCUGGAGUGCAUUUUGUCCUCUUUUGUCAAGUCACCAAAGCCUCUCUGGAGACAGUAUGGAGCCGAUUUACUCGAAAGCGUUGCAGCGUUGCACAAUGUAAAAGCGCAGGGCAAAGAGCACGUUAAUGAGCCGUCAAUGGAUGAAGUAUUCCAGCAAAUCCGCACGACCCGGAACACGCUCCAUAAGCAUUUGACUUAUCUACGCAUGACACUUAGUGGCAAUGACGCACGAUUGAGAUGGCUGGAGUUGGCAACCAUGGGGCCGCGCAUCACAACAGUGACAGCCCUUGAGCAACUGCGGUCAAGUUCACAUUGCAAGUUCGGCAAAGGCAUGAAGGAGUUCAUAAUUCGUUAUGGUGUGAUUGUCACAAGCCUCCAGCGGCUCUUGAGGAUCAGAAAGGAGCAGAUGAAACGCGACUGGGUGUAUGAUCCUGAAAAGAUGAAAGAACAGUGUCGAGAUACCGGACACACGAACUGGAAUCCCAUGGAAUACCCGGACUGGCUGCUCCUGGAGAUUGAAAGCAAUCUGCUCAUCCGCCCUGAGCAGGUUGAUGUCGCCAAAGCCAUUAUCAGCCCACAGUCUGGUUCUAACUCGGUUCUUCAAUUGAAUAUGGGAAAAGGUGAGUGCUUGUUGCGCAAUUAUCUUUGGACCACUGUAUAUGAUACUGAGACCGUUGUUUUUACAGGCAAAACUUCUUGCAUUGUUCCCAUGGCCGUCGCUGUUCUAGCCGAUACGAACAGCAUAUGCCGAUUGAUUAUUCCAAAGGCACUGCUACUACAGACAGCACAAACUCUGCAGUCGAGGAUUGGAGGUCUGGUUGGGCGGGAGUUGAGGCAUGUUCCAUUCUCCCGUCGUACCCCGACAACCAUGGACAUACUGAAGCUUUACAAUGACCAUCACACAAGCAUAAUGAGAAGUUCCGGCAUCAUUCUCGCCAUCCCAGAGCAUAUCUUGUCAUACAAAUUGAGUGGCUUUCAGCGCUUGGCCGACGCUAAGCUUCCCGAGGCUCGUACGAUGUUGAAGACUCAGUCUCAGCUGACCGAGGUCUGCCGGGAUGUACUCGACGAGUCUGACUUUACGUUGGCGGUGAAAACACAGCUCAUCUACCCCAGCGGCCAAUUAUUGCCCCUAGACGGACAUCCUAGUCGCUGGAUUGUUGCACAGAACCUGCUAUCUCUCGUUCAAGAUCAUCUGUCUCAACUCCAUAAGCGAUUUCCGCGUGGGAUUGACGUUGUCGAGCGACCUCAGGGUUUCCCCGUAAUUCAUAUCAUUCACGCGGACAUCGAAGACGCCCUUCGCAAAGCGCUUGUGAAGUCAAUUUGUGAUGGCGGCUCAUCAAUCGUUAAAUUACAAUAUUCCUCCCCACCGACCUUACGUCAAGAAAUUGAGCGCAUCCUGACUGAGGAGGACCUUGAAAGCGAGGUCUUCGAGAGAGUGUCAAAAAUGCUUACGGCCAAAUCGUCGUUCUACAAGAAUAUUCUACUCGUCCGCGGUCUUCUUGUAACUCGCAUCCUGUUCCUCUGUCUCAAGAAGAGAUGGAAUGUCCAGUACGGCCUCCAUCCGACGAGAGUUCCUAUUGCAGUUCCUUACGAGGCGAAAGGUGUGCCAUCGGAGCAGGCUGAAUUCGGCCACCCUGAUGUUGCAAUAUUGUUCACGUGCUUGGCUUUUUACUAUUCUGGUCUUACAUUGUCACAAUUACAAGAGGGCCUUGGACAUGUCCUAAGGUCUGAUGAUCCCGCGUCCGAGUACGACCAAUGGAUCUCCGGAUCGCGUUCAUUACCUGACUCCCUCCAGCACUGGAAUGUCAUCAAUGUUGAUGAUAUAGGUCAGGUCGAAGAGCUCUGGAAGCACCUUCGUUACGAUCAGAACGUUCUCAACCAUUAUAUGAAUGUUUUUGUGUUUCCAGCCCACGCCAAGCAGUUCAACGUAAAAUUGCAGUCUUCGGGAUGGGAUAUUCCCUUGUUCUCCCUGAACGCUAAGAAGGAUCUUGCCAGAACCACGGGUUUCAGCGGAACAAACGACAACCGAAGACUUCUGCCUUUGACGAUCAGACAGGACGACCUACCCAGUCUGAGUCAGACCAAUGCUGAGGUGAUUACGUAUCUACUACAACCGCGCAAUCGUAGAUACAUGGUUGCGAUUGAUCCCACUCAGCGGCGACUCACAGAAGAAGGGCUACUGGCCAUGCUGACGAAGGAGAAGAUCCGCAUUCUCGUCGAUGCGGGGGCUUGCAUUCUCGAAAUGCCCAACAAGGCUCUUAUCAAGACGUGGCUCAAGAUUGACCACGCAGCUCAAGCCGCUGUUUAUUUCGACGAGAACAAAGCCUGGGUCCAGUAUCGAAAGGGACGGGAUCCUGUCCCUCUUCUCGCCACACCUUUCGCUGAUAACUUGGAGGGUUGUCUGGUCUAUCUAGACGAGGCUCACACCCGUGGAACUGACCUGAAAUUCCCACGCGAAGCACGAGGGGCUGUUACCCUUGCUCUUGGACAGACCAAGGAUCACACUGUGCAAGUCGUUUUUGUCGCGCCACCGGAGGUCGACCAGAGCAUCAGAGAUGUGUGCAAGCCGAAGAAGAGUGAGACGAUUGACUCAUCGCACGUUGUCCGCUGGCUGCUGGAGCAGACAUGUCGAGGCAACGAGCAAUUGCAGGGCCUAACCGACGACAAUUAUUUCAGACCCGUCGAGUGGGUUCUCUGGAGCCAUACAACACAGACGGCCCUGGUCGUCAUCCCCGAGGAAGCGGAGAAGCUCAUCCCGGUCAUUCGAGAUUUCAAAGAAUCACAGGUUCAACUGAUCGUGUAUGCCGCACCAACUACGAAGAAUAUGCGACAUUUCAAUUCUUUGUCCUACUACUGUCUACCUCACAGCGAGGCUGGCUCGCUAAUCCCAAAGUGGUUGUCCGCAGAGCUGGGCAUUCUCGGUGCACGGCUCUACUUUAAUCUUAACGAGUAUACCGAUUUGACGAAGUACCUGAGACUUGCAAGUGGGGGGGAUACAGUGUCUGGCGGCAUUGACCAUGAUUCAGGCGACACAGCCGCGAUACCUGUCGAGAGUCUUGCCGAGUUCUUGAUGGAAUGGCUGUCGAUUCGUCGAAAGGGACAGGAUAUAGCACAGACCCCAAUGGGCUACGUGUGUCAGGGAAAACCUCUGGAUGGUUCUCAUCCUUUCUUUGCUGAAGCCCAGGACAAUGGUAAUGAAAUUGAUGCGGUCCUAGCUGCGAGAAUUGCUACACUCACCACAGAAGAUGCGGUCAAGGAUACGGAUUCAGAGAGUUCAGACUCUGAAGACUCGGAAUGA